UCUGUGUUCGGCUGCGCGGGAGUAGAGGCUGCUAGUGGAAGGGGUUGCUGCCUGGCUGUGUUGCUAACGAGUAAGGCUAAUUCCGGUCUAAACCUCAUAUCAGAAGAAAAACAUGACACGGGAUUUCAAACCUGGUGACUUGAUCUUUGCAAAAAUGAAGGGUUAUCCCCAUUGGCCAGCAAGGAUCGAUGAAGUUCCAGAUGGAGCUGUUAAACCAGCCAAUAUCAAAUUUCCCAUCUUCUUCUUUGGCACCCAUGAAACGGCAUUCCUUGGUCCCAAAGACAUAUACCCAUAUCUGCCCAACAAAGACAAGUAUGCCAAACCCAAUAAGAGGAAGGGCUUCAAUGAAGGCCUGUGGGAAAUCGACAACAACCCAAAGGUGGAGCUAGAUGGAGAGAGGAUGAUGUCGGCUGAGUCAGCGGAAGACAAAGACUCAGACAGCGGCCCCGAGGGAGAGGAUGAAGGCGAUGAUGGGGAGAAGGGGAGGAAGUCCUCGGUGUCUGGCAGUGAAGCGGGUCAGGAAGAGGAGGAGGAUGAGGAGGAGGAGGAUGAGGAGGAAGGGGAGAUGGAGGUGUCAGGGCAGGGGCCCCUGUUGGAGGAAGAAUCAACAGACACCCCAUCCAAGCCAAAAAGAGGACGAAAGAAAAAGAGUGAAACGGAGCAGGACUCUGAAAAAGAGGAGGCUGCUGCCAGUCCUACUUCAAGUCCACCUGGUGGAGACACACCUGCGCCUAAGCGUCGUGGCAGGAAGCCCAAAGCAGAGAAGUUGCUCCUCCUGCAGCAGCAGCAGCAGGCAUCACAAGACCCCCACGGAUCAGGAAGUGACAUGGACACCACUGCAGAUUCUGAACGGAAAAGGAAACGAGGAUCUGACGACAAGAGCAAACACCAGGAGGAGGAUGAGAGGAGGGCAGAUGGCAGGAAGAGAAAGGAGGAGGUGAAGAAGGAGCCAGAGGCCAAGAGAAGGAAGAACGCCAAGGAUGAGAGCUCAUCUGACUCUGAGGAUGAGGAGAAGAGGAGUGGACCAGGCAGGAAACGCAACCCACUGAAAGCUCAGCAGAAUACUGCAGAGUCGGACAAGGACGACCGCCGCCGCAAGGCAGACGAGACCAAAGAAUUAGGAAAAGAAGAUGGAAAGAAGGAUGAGCGGAAAGGAGACCGUAGGAAAGAAAUGUCUACAGAGCAACGUCUACAGAGAUUGCAUGGAGAAAUCAAAAUCUCUUUGAAGAUAGACAACCCUGAUGUGAAGAAAUGCCUGGUUGCGUUGGACGAGCUGGGCUCUCUGCAGGUCACCACCCAGCACCUACAGAAGCACAGUGAUCUGAUAGCCACCCUUAAAAAGAUCCGCAGGUUUAAGGCCAGCCAGGACAUCAUGGACAAGGCCUCCAUGUUGUACAACAAGUUCAAGACCAUGUUCCUGGUGGGUGAGGGAGACUCUGUGCUGAGCCAGGUUCUCAACAAGUCUCUGGCUGAGCAGAGGCAGUUUGAGGAGGCCAAGAAAGGAGCACUGAAGAAAGCUGAGCAAGCCAAAGAGCAGAGCAUAGAGGGACAGGUUGUGAAUGGAGAUUCCAGCCCAGAGGUGAAGCAGCACGAGACCGAGCAAAGCAAAGCGGCUGAAGAGAGUCAAGCUGUGGAGAACAGUGCUCCAGUAGCCCAACAGGAAUCUAGUUGAAACAAACUGCUUCUGUUUUGAUGAAGAAGAAGAAGAAGAAGAAGAAGAAUCGGCCUUCAGGGAUCUUCCAGGCACCUGUCACCCUCCAGCACUAAGAGUCUCCACUGGGAUCACAGCUCCUCUCGUCAAAGACUAGUUGAACAGGGUUUCAUCCUCAGCAUCGUCUGUUUGCACACGUCUGAAGUUCCCUGACCAGCCCCAAAAAGAUUGAGAUAUCUGAGAAAUCUGUCCCAAGUUUAAGGAAUUUGAUGUUAACCCUUCAGCAUGGGAGUUUAUUAGGAAUUCUAAUAUAAAAAUUGCGGUCCUCAACAACGUAAGAUUUUAAGAUUCCAUGUUUUAUUUGAUUGGCCUAGAUAUUCAUUAUUCAGAACGUCCAAUCUAUUCUUCAACAUUCUAAACACACUGGCAUGACGGUACCUGCUGAAGGGUUUAAAACAGUGAUAGUCACCCUUAUGUUAUGCUGAAUGUGCGCCGAAGUUUAACAGUUUAAAAGUCACUCAAAGGUUAUGCACAUAUCUUCUCCUCUUUGUGCCUUUUUGUUUUAUUGAAAAAAAAACUGCAUGAUCUUGACAUUACAGAAGUAGUUUGGACCAUUUCAGUUUGGACCAUUUUGCAGUUUUUGUAAGUUUUGAAGUGAAAUCCGUCACUGACAUUCCUGGUCUGUACCUUUGCCUCUUUUUCUGGUCACUGGAUAUCUCAAAUUUGACUUUCCUUGCCAUGAUGUCCAACCUGCUAUACAGGGCCAGUUAGUUGUAUGUAUGUUAGUGAAAUAGUCGGAUGGUGUUAACCCUCAUAGUGUAUUGAACUGUUUAUCUGCCUGUGGUUCAUCAAUGUAUGAUGUGUUUUCUUUCCUAGUGUAGAUGUACAUAUUUGUUGAAGUACUCUGAGUCUCAGAAGUGCUACUAGGUAGGCGUGCCAAAGUUCACUUCACCAAGGAAUUGCUUGUUUUGUCUUCAUUCAGAUUGUGUCAUGUCAAGUUUUUUUUUUACAGCUCAUCCAUUUUACUGGCAUUCAUGUACUGUAAAUAAGAGUAUUUUUGUGCCUGUCUUAAAGAGGAACACUUUUGUUCUCACUAAUAAAGCAGUGGUUACAGCUCAAGCUGAAGAAUGUG